GAGCUGGUGGGGAGUAAUCCUCCACAAAGAAACUGGAAAGGAAUUGCAAUUGCCUUACUUGUUAUUCUCGUUAUCUGCUCCCUGAUUGUCACCUCCGUUAUACUCCUGACACCAGUUGAAGAUAACAGCUUGUCUCAGAAAAAGAAGAUAACAGUGGAAGAUCUCUUCAGUGAUGAUUUCAAAAUCCAUGACCCAGAGGCUAAAUGGAUAACUGACAAUGAAUUCAUUUACAGAAACCAGAAUGGCACAGUGAUUCUGAGGAAUGUUGAAACUAACAGUUCAACAAUAUUAAUAGAAAACAAAAAAAUUGUCUCCUUAAAAGCUAUUCGAUACGAAGUGUCACCUGACCGGGAAUACGCACUUUUUGCUUUUAAUGUUGAACCA